AUGGAAUCUGUAGCAAAUAACGAAGGUAUGUACAUUCCUGUUUGUGAUGAUGCUUUGAAGCCAAUGAUUGGUAUGAAAUUCAAUACAUUAGUAGAAGCAGUUGGUUUCUAUGAACAUUAUGCUCGUUCAGUUGGUUUUGGCAUUCGUAAAAUGGGUAACAAAUCAGUUCAAGGUAUUACUAAGUGGCAGUAUUUGGCUUGCAGCAGACAAGGCUCUAAGAAUUUUAUACCUGGUCAUGCAUCCCAAUCAACUGAAGUGUCUUUUAAGAAGCGUAGGUGUCGGUCAUUUAGGUGUGAAUGUCUUGCUAAGCUCAAUUUGAGAUAUUUUUCAGAUGGCAAGAGCAGAGGAUAUGAGGUUUAUCAGUUUGUUGAGUAUCAUAAUCACUUAAUGGUUGCGGAUGAGCAUAGGCAUUUUAUGAUGGCCAAUCGCAAUCUGGAUCCUAUCCAUCGGAGGUUUAUGGAGGAUUGUGGCAGGUGUAAUAUUGGUCCCACUCUCACAUUCAAACUUUUGAAGGAGAUAAUGGGUGGACCUGAAAAUGUUGGAUGUGAUAUUAUUGAUAUUAGAAAUGGUUAUCGUGAUAUUAUGUCCAAUAUUGAUGGUUCAGAUGCUCAAAUGAUUUUUGAUUAUAUGCGUUCUCAAAAGAAAUCAUCUGAUGCCUUCUAUUAUGAAAUUGAGAUAGGAUCUCAUGGAAAGUUAACUAGACUCUUCUGGGCUGAUGCUAUUUCAAGACGAAAUUAUCAUAUGUUUGGAGAUGUAAUUUCAUUUGACUCAACAUACAACACUAACAGGUAUUGCAUGAUUUUUGCUCCAUUCACUGGAAAAGAUAACCAUUCUAGACCAGUUACAUUUGGAGCUGGCUUGUUAUCAAGUGAAGGUAGAGAAUCCUAUUCUUGGUUGUUUGGCUGUUUUGUUCGAUGCAUGGGGGUAGCACCCAAAUUGAUUAUCACUGAUCAAGAUUGGGGGAUCAAACUUGCUGUUCAACAA